AUGGAACCUCAUCAUCCAGGAAAUAGCCAAAGACGAAGGCAACAUCUACAAGUGUGGGGCGGCUCUCAUCCACCCCAAAGAGAGUGGAACGUUGACAGCGAAGACGAACCUCUUCCACUCCAAGAAAAAAACGUGGAAGAAAUUUUGAUUAACGAGUCCUACAAUCCAAGAACUUUGCAGAACGAUAUUGCUUUGGUGGUACUUGCGGAGAAUUUCGAACUCCGGGAUAACGUGAGAGUUGUGUGUUUGUCGACUCCUUAUGACAUGAUUGUUGAAAAUGGGUGCGUUGCGAGCGGCUGGGGGAAAGACGCCCAUGACUCGGGGAAGUACUCUCCCAUUUUGAAGAAAGUCCAAGUGCCCAUCGUAUCACGGGAAUAUUGUCUGAGGAUGCUAAGGGCCACGAAACUGGGUCCUAGGUUCCAGUUGCACAAGAGUUUCAUCUGCGCCGGUGGCCAAAAGGGCAAAGAUUCCUGUAAGGGUGACGGCGGGAGUCCUUUAAUCUGUCCCUUGUUGGAAAACCAGGAAAGGUUUGUACAAAUCGGGAUCGUGUCGUGGGGAGUGGGGUGCGGGAAUGAGGGUGUUCCCGGAAUCUACGUGAACGUUCCCUACCAUCUGGACUGGAUCGAAGGCGAACUGAACGAAAGGGAACUCGACACGGCUUAUUUUACAAUUUAG